AGUAACAGGAAAGACAUAAAAAUAAUAGCAAGUGAUGGUUAUAGUCGUACAGCUGCUGGGAAGAAGGAUCUGCUAUAAAACUCCUAUGUGCACCUGGGAUGCAGCAGUCAGUCACUGAAGGAGUCUGUCACUAUUUUAUUUUUUUCAGGAUAAUAGCUCUAAGCUUAUGGUAUUCAAAAGAUUUGUCAAAUAUACUGAUGUUGAUGCUUUAAAAACAACUGUGACUUCUGGAAUAUCUGAGAUUUCAUAACAUAGUAUUUGCCCAAUAUCCACACAUCAGUUGUCUGAGGAUUUUUUUCUGAAUCCUGUAAGCCACAUUUAUAAAAAAAAAAAAGAAUUUACAGAAACAAACCCCUAAAAUAUUCCACUCUUUGUUUCAGGAAUCUAGAGUUUUACUUCUGGAACUGAAUCACUGAAAUUGAUCAACUCCAAAGCAGCAGCAGUAGCAGCAGACAGUUUUAAUGAACUGCUGAGAGUUCAACAGAGAGCCUGUGCAUGUCGAGGGGUUUUUGCUUGUUUUUGUCUUUUCCCUGCGUCUAUUUGAACACAGACGGUGGUCGCAGGGCAGAUGAGAGCCGUUCAAAGCUGACUCAUAUCAAAGGCCCUCUGGCUCUUUGUGAUGCUGUGUUUGCAACAGGUGACAUUUUGGGCUGGAAACCGUUUAUGACUUUGAGCGCCCGCCCUGAGCCGAACCUCUCCUGCGCCAACAGGGAGCAGGAGAGCAGGGAUUAUAGAGCCGGUGGGAGGGAGGCUGCAGAGGGAAACUCACUUUUCCCUCUGCAGAUCGCAGCGACGCGGUGAAGCAUGUGAGGCGCUCCCUCUAAAAACCACAGGCAAAUGUUUCAAAGGAUUAACAACGAUUUCGGUGUGAAAUGAUUUCUUUCCGGCUGAAUUGACAGCAAAAAGGGCGAAUGGGGGAUCCUCUGACAGACUCCAGCCCCCUCAUCAGCGCAGCCUCCUGCGGGAAGCUUCGUCUGGUCCGCCUCCUCGUGGAAGGCGGGGCUCAGGUGAACGGGAGCAACCAGAGAGGAGAGACGCCCCUACUGGCUGCCUGCAAGGCCCUGGGAGGAGAGCCAGCCUGGAAGGAGAGUGUGAAACUCCUGAGAUUCCUGCUGCAGAAUAAGGCAGAUCCCAACGCACAGGACCAGGAGGGUCGCACUGCUCUGAUGUACGCCUGCAUGCAGAGAGCGGGCGCUCCGGUGGCGUCCGCCUUGGUGGCUGCAGGAGCUGACCCGUGCAUAGAGGACAGCUCUGGAGCCUCAGCUUUGGUCUACGCCAUCAACGCACAACACCAACCCACAGUGCAGGUGCUAAUAGACGCUUGCCGGGCCAAAGGUCGUGACAUCAUCAUCAUUGCUACGGAGACGGGCACGAACAGAGGCCCAGUGACCAGGAGGUACCUGAACGUUCCCCCGUCUCCGGACUCCUCCCCCGUGUCCUGCAUGUCCCCGUCCGACAUCAUCCUGAAGACGGGUUCGCCAAGCUCACCUGAGGGGGGAAACAUCUUUAACUUCAGAGGAACAACAGGCAAACACGGAAGCGGCAGCAGACGCUCGUCGUUCGAGCUGAGUCAGUCGAGUCCGUGCAGCGGUCCGGCUUCCAGACAGAGGGUGUCGUCUGAGCCGUGGUUGGCCAUCAACAACCUGGACUCCCUGCAGAGGGCUUACGAACAGGGAAUGAGGGAGAGGAGCCUCGAGGAGGAAGGAGAGGUGCAGGGAGAACGUGGAGACGAGGACGUAGAUGAGGAGAUGGAGAACGACGUGGCGCGCAGACCGGAUGCUGGGUUUACCGGGGACGUUCGUAAAUGCUGGAGCAAGGACUCGGUUACAACCAAGUCAGACGGCGGUGUCCCCAAGAGGAUUCCGUCACCAGGAGGGUCAGACACGAAGCUUUCAGCCUGCUCAUCCCCUCGCUUUUAUCUCCGCAGGAACACCCUCCCCUCUGUCACUGCGAUCAAUCCUCCACUUCACCUCCCGCCCUUAACGAAGCAACCGGACUCUCACCUGCAGGUGCCAGCUAACGUUUUACCUGCAGGAAUCAGACGCGUGUCCUGGUUUCAGCCGCGCCCGCCCUGCUCCUCCUCUCCCCCGACCUCAGCAUCUUCCAGAGCGGCCCUGCUCCCUCUGCUGCCCCAGGCCUCCUCUCUGUUCGCUCCUCCUGGCCUCAGUCACAGGGAGAGGAGCAGGAGGUCACCGCGUCGCCACUCGGCGCAGUUGGAACAAAAAUAAUUUGGACUUCUGAAACUGUGAAGCAUUAGAUUUGCGGUCUGGUUUUAUUUCGUUUUAUUUUAUUAAAUAAGUGUCGAGUCCAGCUACAUCCGCAGCUUCCUGCAUCAUUUUGCAUCAACCAGUCGGUUCUUGAUCUGCAUAAAUGACAGUUUCACCUUCUGUGAAGUAGAUGUAAAACUAACCGCAAAACUAUAGUUAACAUCUUUUCACUCGGUCUGUGUGUUUGAAUGUCUUUUGUUAGCCUAAUGGAAAACAAAUAUUUGAGAAGAAAAAUGUUCGGGGUUCAAAUAAGGAACACAGGAGCUUGUGUUCAUGGCAAAAGGAGUGAAGUCAUUUUAUUUCUUUUUAAUAUGUAUCUACAACAAGGGGGACACAGGCAAAAACGACCGACAAGUUGAUGGAAAUUAAAACAAAACAAUAAAAUAAAGUACAUUUAAUCAGCAUCGAUGUAGAUUUCCAACCUUUUUUUUUUUUCCAAUAAGCAACUUUUUUUUUUUUGUCUAAAGUAACUUUACAAUAUAAAGAAACAUACGAAGGAACCUCUUUUUUUAACUACACAAGACAUUUAGGAUCUGAAACUACCCUAACAUGAUAUACAAAGCAACUUCCUGCCUCAUAUUCAAUACUGCUUUGUCAUCAGGAGGAAAUAAUGAGGAACCGAACAGAAAAAAAACAAAAACAAAAAAAUCUUUACUCCCAAUUUUGCCCGAAAAGUCCUCUCUUAACCCUCCCCAUCCCUUAAUGUUACAGUAUUAUACAUCAGCACGAUAGAAAUACAGUAAUGAUCAACAUUGUGACGGCUUUGCUUACAGGACAGAAAGAGAAGUCGGACUGCAUUUUAUACAACAGUAUUAAAGUACACGGGAGAAAACGCAUGUUGAUGCACUUUCUUUACCUCAUCUUAGCAACAAAUAUGUCCAUGUGGCUUUUUUCUCUCCUUCCUUCCUCUUGCUCCCACAAACGUUUCUCUUGCCUGAUUUUAAAUAGAUUAGAAAAUCCUUCAUAGUAUAGUAAAGUAUGUACUCUGAUCUCUGGUGUGCUGGACUGAGAGCCAGUGUCCUCUGUGCCCUGCUUUGUUUUUUGUUUUUUUGUGUUGUCGAGUCAAAAGAAGCUGAGCUGCAGUGCAUCCGAGACCACGUGUCAUUUGUUUUUGCACCCGGUCUUUGAAAAUUCUGCCAAAAAUUGCACACAAAAAAAAAAAAA